AUGCCAUCUCAGCAUACACACAAGAAAAGGAGAGCAUAUGCCAGUCUACCUCGGACGAUAUCCGCUUCCAAAUCUUUGGCCGCUCACCCUUUAAACGUGCGUCCACUCGGCAACUCUUUUUUCGCUGAGAAUACAGAAGGUGUAACAAAGGAACAACAGUUGGGAGAUUUUGCCAGAUUUGAGGAAGAGCUUUUUAUGGAAAUCCUCAGUUACAUCGACGAUGCUAAUGCAUUACGAAAUCUCUCACAUACUUCGCGUGUUCUUUAUGCCUACUUAUACGAUGAGGAUCUAUGGAAGAAAAUGUACACUACGAAAGUGCAAAUUGCUGAAAAACAAGGGAAAGAUAUUCCUUUGCUUCAGUGGCGUGGAUCAUGGCGUCUUAGUGUAUUAGGUCUAGAUGCAAAAUAUCUGGCUGAUAUUCAAAUGAAAGGGAAUUUGGUCUGUUCUGAUGUUCUCUACCGGCCGUUCCAAUGUUCUCAAAUCGAUUACAAUAAUCUCUUUGGAAAGGUUAUCGAAGAAGAAGAAACUUAUCACAUGGAUAGCUUACGAACAAAUCAACCGCUUGAUUUUCUGAUUUUGCCCAAGGGCCGAAUCCCCAGAUUUCCUGAAGCGCAACUUUCACAGGAAUUAUUUGAUUCAAAAUGGCAUAAUCAACCAUUCAUCUUCACCAAUGCUGAUCCAGAACGUUGGCCCCGCUGGAAUUUGGAGCUGCUCCUUCGACGGUUUGCAGAUGUGAAAUUCCGUCAAGAAGCGGUGCAAUGGCCUCUUUCGCUCUAUGCGCAAUAUUUGGUCAAGAACAGCGACGAAAGCCCUCUCUACUUGUUUGAUUGUAACAGUGAAGCCAUGAAGACUCUUCGCCAAGAAUAUGACGUACCUCAAUUGUUCCAAGAAGACCAUUUUUCUGUUUUUGGUGACUGUCGCCCUGACCAUGCUUGGGUGAUCAUUGGAUCCGAAUGUUCGGGCUCUACUUUCCACAAAGAUCCAAACUAUACUUCCGCAUGGAAUGCCGCUCUCUCAGGAAGAAAACUUUGGGUUAUGUUUCCGCCAGGGACAUGUCCGCCUGGUGUUUCAGCAGACGAAGACGAAAGUGAAGUGACUAGUCCUGUUGGCAUCGCUGAAUGGGUUCUUUCAGGCUUUUACAAUGAUGCAGCGAAACACCCAGAAGCGCAAAUUGGAAUUACAUUUCCUGGUGAGGUUAUGUACGUACCUAGUGGGUGGUGGCACUCAGUCAUCAAUUUAGACGACAGCGUGGCGUUGACCCAAAACUUUGUGCCCAAAGUGAAAGUGGGGAAUGCCAUGAAUUUUCUCAAGAACAGGCGGUCGCAGAUGUCUGGCUUUCAUCCUCUGGCUGUUCGCCGUGUAAUGGAUCGCGUGAUAUCUGCUGCUGGCGACGCAGAUGAUGAAAAUAUUUGUAAGAUUCGGGAAUACUCGAAGAAGUUUGAUGAAUUACAUUUACAAGAUUUUCUUCAAAACGAAGACUGCGGUGAGAUAGUCGAGUCUCAACUUCCUCCAAUGCCUGUCUUCGAACUUUUUACGAAAUUGUUGGAGCUUAACGGAGACGACGCUGUUUUGAAGCGGGGAUUAGAGGAGUUAACUCGUAUAGAAAAGGCAGAAGUGGCAAAAUCCACAGGAAAAAGUGAAACGUGGACGAAGUUGACCGAGACGACUGGAUUCAGUUUUGGUUUUGGUGGGGAUUUAGAUUUAGAAUAG